AGUUCAUUAACAGAACAAGUCGCUAUUCCGGCUGCACGUCACGUCUGUCGAGAGAGAGAGAGAGAGAGAGAAACAGAGACACUCCCUCCUUCUGUCUCUCGCUACUUCCUUAAACUGCUUCAGAAAACAGAACCAGAUCAAAUACAAACUACGACUGCUUCUGCACAGAUUGGGAAGUGCUGCUGUUCCAGUAAAGGAUGGCUCCCUUCCUCCGCAUCUCCUUCAAUAACUUCGACCUGGGCCCCCUGCCCCAGCUCACAGACCCCCCCUUCUGUGCUAUCAAGAUGAAGGAGUCCCUCAGCACAGAGCGGGGGAAGACCCUGGUGCAGCGCAAGCCCACCAUGUACCCUGCCUGGCAGUCCUGCUUCGACGCCCACGUCUACGAGGGCCGUGUGAUCCAGAUCGUGCUGAUGAAGUCCGCGGAGGAGCCCAUCUCCGAGGGCACCGUCGGGGUCUCUGUGCUGGCCGAGCGCUGCAAGAAGGCCAAUGGAAAGGCGGAGUUCUGGCUUGACCUCCAGCCAUCAGGCAAGGUGAUGAUGGCAGUCCAGUUUUUUCUUGAAGAAGGUACAGAUUGCAAGCAGGACGUCAAGGACGAGGACGGCGCGGUCACCAUCAACCGGAGACGCGGUGCCAUCAAGCAGGCCAAGAUCCACUACAUCAAGAACCACGAGUUCAGCGCCACCUUCUUCAGACAGCCCACCUUCUGCUCCGUCUGCAGGGAGUUCGUCUGGGGACUCAAUAAACAGGGAUAUAAGUGCAGACAAUGCAAUGCUGCAAUUCACAAGAAAUGCAUCGAGAAGAUCAUCGGACGCUGCACCGGCACUGCAGCCAACAGCAGAGACACUAUGUUCCAGAAAGAGCGCUUCAACAUCGACAUGCCGCACAGGUUCAAGGCACACAACUACAUCAGCCCCACUUUCUGUGAUCACUGCGGCAGCCUGCUCUGGGGGCUGGUAAAGCAAGGGAUAAAAUGCGAAGAUUGUGCCAUGAACGUGCACCACAAGUGCCAGACCAAAGUGGCCAAUCUGUGUGGAAUCAACCAGAAAAUGUUGGCAGAAGCUCUGUCUCAAGUCAGCCAGAAACAUAUCGUUAUCGGGAAAUCUACCAGGAAAUCGGAUCCCAAUCUAGCGGAUCCUUCGGGGAUGGCCAUUUAUCAAGACUUCCUCAAGGGCAACUCCAUCCCCGACGCCAACGCAGAUGGAUCCCAGUAUGACAAGCUGUGGGAGGGGACCUCUCCCAGGACUCCAGCCACAAUCUCGUCCAGCCUGCGCAAGCUCAACAUAGACAAGUUUGUGAUGCACAAGGUGCUCGGCAAAGGCAGCUUCGGAAAGGUGCUGCUGGCGGAGCUCAAGGGACGGGGCGAGUUCUUCGCUAUCAAAGCCCUUAAGAAGGAUGUGGUGCUGCUGGACGACGAUGUGGAGUGCACCAUGGUGGAGAAGAGGGUCCUCGCACUGGCAUGGGAUAACCCCUUCCUCACACACCUCUAUUCUACCUUCCAGACCAGGGAGCACCUCUUCUUUGUGAUGGAGUAUUUGAAUGGAGGAGACCUGAUGUUCCACAUACAGGAGAAAGGACGCUUCGACCUCUACAGAGCCACGUUUUAUGGAGCUGAAAUAGUUUGCGGGUUGCAGUUUUUGCAUGCCAAAGGAAUUAUCUACAGGGAUCUGAAGCUGGACAACGUGAUGCUGGAUAAAGACGGACAUGUCAAAAUCGCAGACUUUGGGAUGUGCAAGGAGAAUGUGUUCAGAGAGAACAUGGCGAGCACGUUCUGUGGGACUCCCGAUUACAUUGCACCCGAGAUCCUGCUGGGACAGAAGUACUCGUUCUCUGUGGACUGGUGGUCGUUCGGCGUGCUGCUGUACGAGAUGCUGAUUGGCCAGUCUCCCUUCCAUGGGGAUGAUGAGGACGAGCUGUUUGAGUCGAUCCGCAUAGACACUCCUCACUACCCCCGUUGGAUCACGAAGGAGACCAAGGACAUCCUGGAGAAGCUGUUCGAGAGGGAACCAACGAAGAGGCUUGGCAUUGUAGGAAACAUCAAACUACACCCCUUCUUUAAAACCAUCAACUGGACUGCCCUGGAGAAGAGAGAGGUGGAGCCCCCAUUCAAGCCCAAAGUGAAAUCGCCCAGCGACUGCAGUAACUUCGACAAGGAGUUCCUGAGCGAGAAGCCCAGGCUGUCCCACACCGAUAAGAACCUCAUCGACUCCAUGGACCAGACAGCCUUCAGCGGCUUCUCCUUCAUCAACCCCAAGAUGGAGAAGCUCUUGUAGAAGUGAAGCCGGACACCGUCGCUCCUGGGGUUCAACACUACCCCUUCGGUUAUUGACAACUUAUUAGGCCUUGAUCGAUUAUCUGACCCAAAAGCGAUUGGUACGAUCUGUGAUUGAUCGUGUUUCCGAUUGGGACCUGAAGAUAAAACGGACCAGCGCCGCUGCUACCGAGAAGUUCUGUCCCUCUCUCUUCCUGUAGAAAACCAGACACUCCAUUAAAAAAAGCCUGGGAGGUGCGAGUGCUAACCGGGCCUUAUUUCAGUGCAGCCCCCCCCCCCCUUCUGCUGUAAGGGAAAAGAGAGGUACGGUUUUAUUUGAAAAAGUUAACAAGUGAAAAGAAGAUCUUCAGGAUUGAUCGUGAUCAUCUGUAGCCCAUAUAUUGAUAACCGAAAAUGUUUUUAUCCUCCAACCCUGACUGUACCUGGGUUCCAACGUCCGUCAAAUGCAAGACGGGUAGAUGGAGCGAUAGAUAGAUAGGUAUGUAGAUAGAUAGAUAGAUGACAGAUAGAUAGAUAGAUAGAUAGAUAGAUAGAUAGAUAGAUAGAUAGAUAGAUAGAUAGAUAGAUAGAUAGGUAGGCAGGUAGUGGGAUUGAUAAGAUACAAACAGAGAUGGGGCAUGUCCAGUGUUAUAUAACAAAGUGAGUGGGAUGUGGGGAGGACAAUCUGCUGUAAACCUGCUAUAGAUAUUAUAGAGAUAGAGAUGAUAUAUAGAGAUAGGUAUAAUAAUCUAACAAGAAUAAUGUACUGUAUUGUGAUAGUAAUUUACCCAAAUCGACCCUCACUCUCACACGGUGACGAGAGCACAACAUGAUUGUUACUAGAUAGUAUUUUCUGCAUGCGACGGGUUGCCAGGGUAAUGUUCUUGUGUGUAUGUAGUCUGUCGGUGAGGAUUAUUAUUUUAUUAUUUUCUCUGGGGUGUGCGGUGAUUCCCAGCUCCAGACCUGUCUUUGUUACAGCCAGCACUUGUAUUUAUUUGAAUCCUGCGCUGCAUUCCUCUGCACAAACAUUGCUCUGUGUGCGUGUUUUAAAGAACGAGACGGCCCCUCCGACGCUGCGCACACACAGGACGGUGGCAGGCUGGCUCCAGGCGGGGGCAGGGUUAUUUGAAUUGCAGUACAAACCUGGGCUGCUGGUGGGAGCCCCUGUUCUGUUGUAUCAGAUGAUUGGGAAUGCGUGUGAUGUUACGUGAAUGUAGUUCUCAUACGAGAAGAGAAAUAGUAAGAUGCUGUACAUAUUCUAUUGCUCUAGCAGACAUGUUAUUAUUGGUGUGUUACAGAAAUGCUUUUUUUUUUAAAAAUCUCUAAUAAAGUUAAACAUCACAGA